UGUAGCAGGCAACACCUAGUCAGUAAGAGUCCAGAAAUAAGACUAGUCCCUUCCCUCUCUUUCACCUCUCCCAUAGAGCAUCAACCCUUUCCAUCUUCCUACUAUCAUCUCAUUUCAUUCACACCACAGUUCCAAGCUACCUCCAUAUGGCCUCCAGCUCAAUGAGCUCCUCACGCACCACAGAGUCCUCCUGGACCGCAAGACAGAACAAGCUCUUCGAGGAGGCUCUGGCAAAGUAUGACAGGGACACCCCGGACCGCUGGCAGAAAGUGGCCAACGCCGUCGGCGAUAAGUCAGUCGAAGAGGUGAAACGCCAUUAUGAACUGCUGAUCAAAGAUAUCAAUUACAUCGAGAGCGGCCGUGCGCAGCAUCGCAACUAUUGAUCCUCCAGUAGCAAGGGAGGCAACUCCCUGGCCCUUGAGGAGCACAGGCUGAAGUAUCUAUGGCUCGACUGAAGCAAA